AAUCUCGACCUCUCGAAUCGAACACGCGACCAACAACACAAGGUAAAAACCCUAGAAUUUCUGUUGUUCAUUUCGGGAAUUGAUGGAGGGUUUGAAAGAAUGCGAGGCAAAUUUGGUAGUGCAUUUGCACCCGUCGAAGGCUAAAUCCGUGAGCGAAGCCAUAUUCAGCGAGCUCAGCAAUCUGCUCUUCACGUACAGUGAAACUUUUGGAGGAGUUGUAUUAGCUUAUGAUCCGAAUAUUCGUAGUAACUUGGGAAAAGUUUUACCUGGAAUUCAUCCUCAUUUGGGAGUUAGUUUGAAAGCUAGAUUGUUGCUUUUCAAUCCCAAGCCUAACAUGCUCCUUGAGGGAGAGGUGGUUAAAAUUACUCCACAGUCAAUUCAUGCUGUGGUUCUUGGGUUUUCUUCCGUUUUUAUCGGAGACGAAGACAUUCGCGACGAUUUCAAGCAUAAAAUUAAAAGUGGGAAGGAAGAAUACAUCAGUCAAUCUGAUAAGAAACAUAAGAUAAAAGUCGGGACUAUUCUACGCUUCGUUGUCAAAAGCUUCGACGAAGGUAUACUUCACAUAGUGGGAUCAAUUGCCGAUGACCGUACUGGGUGCGCUCGAUGGAUGGAUAAAAAUUCGGAUAAAUGGACUCAAUCCGAUAGUACCACUAAAAAGACGAAAAAUGUACACGGAGAAGGUUUUCAAUCUUAGUCGAAAGUUGGCGUAAACUCCACAGGAUUUUAAGGAUCUUCGAGGAAAGAGGCUCCGUGUUUUAAAGAUUGUGCUUUGUGAAUACUUCGUUUUGUUGGAUGUGGAUCAAAUUCAAAUGACUGACAUUACUCGGUGCUUGUAUAUGGAUCGGGACACGACAAAAGGUGGAGGUAGUAAAUUGAUUAUCAUCAUGCAACUACCCAUUGUUGUGCAAAAGAAUGCUCUGCAAUUAGCAAUCCCUUUUUUUUUUUUUUAUAUAUAUAUAUAAUUUAUAUAUUGUAAUAACUCCCAACUCAACGAGUUAAUAUUUGUUAUGAUUAUCGAUUGAUCAAAUCAUAGUUUCUUUCGUACACUGCAUCAGUUUGUAGGGAGCUUUGUCAAAGUGGAGUAUCGUAGAAUUAGAUUUCGGUUUGUCUGAAACAUCGAACAUGGAAAAUUUAGAGACUUAAGAGCGGUCCUAUUUGCUUUUGCUUUUGCUGAACAAAGUUUUUUCAGCUCCAGCUAGCAACUUUUUUUUUCCGGGUCCACCAGAGAGAGGUGCAAACAUUUAGAGGUCGUAUUAUUUACGAAAUUAUAUUUAUUAACGUUGAUGCUUCAUUCAA